AUGGAUGUAAGGCUAAAAGAUCGGGAAUUUUGGUACAGUCUCCAUGGUCAAGUCCCCGGAAUGCUGGAAUGGGACAUGGGGAAUGAAGUUUUCCUGCCUUGUACCACAGAUCAGUGCUCUUACGCUGAGCAGUGUCUUGUCAAAUACAAAGUUCAACUGCUAACACCACCAGCCCUGCCUCAGGAGAGGAAACCCAAUCCUGAUGAUGAUGAUGAUGAUCCUCCCACAGAACCCAGCUUGUGGAUGUGGGUGAAUCCCAACGUUGUGUACCCCGCCAACAGCAAAGAGGUUCCAAAUCCCAGUCGUAAAGUUCUGCCACGUGCACCAAUCCCAAAGAUUGAGUCUAGCUGCUUAGGGACUCAGAGGGUGUUAAAGUCCCUGUCUUUUCACCGCACUGAGCGUUGUCAGCAACAAAGGCUGCCCGUUUUAUCCACUGGCCUUGGUCUCAAAGACGAGGAGACUGAGGAACAGGGAUGCACGUCCUCCAACAAAUACACCAAGAAGCACACACUGUACCUUGAUCCACUCCUGGAUAAGGAGUCCUGGCCACGCCCUCCUCUUAACUACAGCCAUCUAGUUGCCCUAGCAUUAAAAAGCAGCCCUUCCUGUGGCCUCAAUGUGCAACAGAUCUACAAUUUUACUCGACAGCAUUUCCCCUAUUUCCGGACUGCACCAGAAGGCUGGAAAAACACCAUUCGCCACAAUCUCUGUUCCCUGACCUGCUUUGAAAAGGUGCCAGCCCCGGUUGAGGAGGAGACAGAUGGAAAACCUCGUGCUUUUCUCUGGAAACUCACUGACGAGGGACACCGCUUCUUUCAGGAGGACACCCGUGUCUUGGCCUAUGCUCGAAAGGAGAGCAUCAAGCAGUGCAUGCGCCAACCAGAACUGAUAGACCUUCUCUUUCAACUUUAA